GUUCAGAACUUCAGGGAUAGGCCCUACAUCUAAAUACUCUGAGGCCUAGUUAAUUAAACCAAGGAUACUGUAGCAAUGAAUGAUACUUCUACUUGUUACGCGGUUUUGAAGCUCAGAGACAGAAUGUGGCUGAAGUUUUGCCUUUUCAUCAUGCUCUCUCUAUCACUAGUUUCGGCAUCAAAUUCCAAGGCAUCCACUGACUCUGAGUCUCAGUCUCGAUCCAAGAUCAAAGGCCUGGCGAAGUCUCACACUCACACAUCCGCGGGACACAGCUCACGUCAGUUUCAAGGCAGACCCAACGUCCUGUUCAUUGUGGUUGAUGAUCUCCGACCCUCUCUCAAUAGCUAUGGUGGUCCUAUUCUUUCUCCUAAUAUUGAUGGCCUUGCAUCACAAUCUGCUGUAUUCCAACAUGCAAUGGCUCAGCAAGCAGUGUGUGGACCAAGCCGAACAUCCUUCCUAACCAGUAGGAGACCUGAUACAACCAAGCUCUAUGAUUUCUACUCUUAUUGGAGGGAUGCAGCAGGAAACUACACUACUUUACCACAACACUUCAAAGAACAUGGAUACUUUACUGCUUCCAUUGGGAAAGUCUUUCAUAAUGGUAAAGCUUCAAAUGGAACUGAUGAUUACCCAUACAGCUGGUCAGUAGAACCAUGGCAUCCUCCAACACAAAAAUAUAAGAGAGCAAAGGUGUGCAAGAACUUGGAUGGCACACUACAUGAGAACAUCAUAUGCCCUGUCAAUGUCACUGAAAUGCCCUUGAAGAGCCUUCCUGAUAUGCAAAGCACCGACUACGCCAUUGACCUUCUCAAACAGUUUGCCUCAAGGUCACGAGCUUCACCACCGUCUCGCAAGUCUACCAUGAAAGAGAGUGGUUUCCGUAUCUCUAAGGACCCUUCCCAGCCAUUCUUUUUAGGUGUUGGGUACCAUAAACCUCACAUACCUUUCAAGUAUCCUCAGGAGUACCAGGCUUUGUACCCUCUGGAAGAGGUAGAGAUUGCCUCUAACCCUGACCUACCUCCUAAGCUACCACCCGUGGCAUUUGAGCCUUACUUAAGCCUGAUGGAACGGGAAGACAUUGCUGCCCUCAAUAUCAGUUUUCCCUACGGUCCUAUACCUAGACCUUAUCAUUACCUACUGCGACAGAGUUACUACGCAGCUGCCACCUACACAGAUUUCCAGAUAGGAAGGUUACUUCAUGGCUUAGAAGAAAAUGGCUUUGCAAAUAAUACAAUAAUCGUAUUUGUUGGAGAUCAUGGAUGGCAGCUGGGUGAGCAUUCAGAAUGGUGUAAGUUCUCAAACUUUGAAUUGGCCACACGGGUCCCGCUUAUGGUUCAUGUACCAGGAGUUGGAGAUAAACAAAUGACGAAGAAGUUUCCUCUGAGAAAUCUACUCGAUAACAAAACGUUACGCGAAACGAGGUAUUCUCAUGGUCUGAAAGGGGGUAAAGUUGUGAAAGAAUUUGUUGAGUUGGUAGAUAUGUUCCCCUCUCUUGCAGAAUUAGCCGGACUUCCAGUGCCAAAUACUUGCCCUCCAAAUCCAUUCAAGGUUGAUUUUUGCACAGAAGGGGUAAGCUUUGCACCCCUCAUAGUGGGAGAUUUGUCUAGGAAAGGGGGUUCUUACACCCGAUGGAAGAAUGCUACCUUCAGUCAAUACCCAAGACCAGGGGAUGUGCCAACAUACCAGUCUGACCUACCCCAUCUAGUCAACAUCACCAUAAUGGGUUAUUCCAUGCGCACUGUGGACUAUCAUUUCACAGAGUGGAUCGGAUUUAACCAUUCAACUUUUCAGGGGGAUUGGGAGGAUGUUCACGCCAGGGAGCUUUAUGUGUUGGCAACAGAUCCACUUGAAAACGACAAUGUUGCAGACAAUUCAGACUUUUCUGACUUAGUCCAAGAUUUACACAUGAGGCUCAAACGUGGAUGGAGGGAUUCCUUACCUGUUUGACCACUUAACCUCAUCUUCUAUGAUGAAAGCAUGUUUGGAAAGAAUUAAAAAGAGUACAAUAGACAACCAUACAGGCCUUAAUUCUCAAAGGUGGGCUAACUUUGCCAGGGGCUGUACAUGUAUUUGACCCAGGGGCCAGCAAUGAUGGGCCAACAAAUCCUGAGUGUUAAUUUCACCCACAGAGCAUUUAACAUCUUUUAGCCCCAGCAUGCUUAUUUGCAUUGGUGCGUGGGCUAAAUCAUAAACUGAAGCUUGCUCCCUAUAUAGCACUGAACUGAGCAUGCUCAGUGUAAUAUCACAGUAUUGGUUCAGUUCAAGUGGUUGUUUCAUAAAGCUAUUUGUAAAAUUAAACAACUUUACACACUACUGGAACAUGAUCUUGGGUCUUAACUCAAUUACAUAGGGAUAUCACUUGGCAUGAGAAAGGGUUACCAGUCGUGCGUAAAGUCAUUCGUAUCUUACAAACAGCUUUAUGAAACACCUACCAGGGUUUGGCAAUAAUAAUAUGCAACAUAUGUAAAGCGUUGAAUACAAAUGUUUUUAAGCACUUCAUUAGUGCAUAC